UUUCUUUCGCAUUUUUUUAAAGUUCGUUCCAUUCGUGGGUUCUGCCCCUCCGAAUUAUGGAACUUCAGGUGAAGGUCUAGUGAGCAUCGUGAUGGGAGGUGUGGAAUUUUCACCAAUGACAUUAAACCAAAACGCGGCCACGAGGAACAUUUGGUCAAAAUCUAUUCCGUGGCCAAUCGGAGCAGACGCAAUGGUGGUGGUUCCCUACAGGUGCGAAGGUGCGGUCAACUUGACGCGCUUGGAGCCGGCGCUGAGGUCCUGGGAGAAGGAAACAUGUGUGAGAUUCCGUGAGAUGGCAGCCAGUGAAAAGCUUCACGACACCUACCUCCUCAUUAGAGCAUCCACACACUGCACUACCGCUACACUGGGCAUCAAUCCGAGUGGCCCGACUACUGUGGACAUAUUUGAUGCCUGUGGGUACGGAGGCGUCAUCCACGAGCUUGGCCACGCCUUGGGCUUCAUGCACGAACAGUGCCGCAGCGACAGAGACAAGUACGUGAUCAUUCAUCUUGAGAACAUCAGAAAAGGGGUUCCUGCGUAUGAGUACUCCCUGAAGUCCACUAAUAAUUUCGACGUGCCUUUCGACUACACAUCCAUCAUGCUUUACUCUGGCGCCGGAGAGAAUGGGACUAGAGUGAUGGUUGCACGGAAUCCUCUCUUCCAAACCGUCAUGGAUUACGCACAGUAUCUCCCCACUGCCACACCGUCAUUCAUGAACAUAAAGACUUUGAACAGGAACUACAGAUGCGACAACUUUGCGCAGUCUGACUACCAGCCUUAA